CCCCAUGGCAAAACGAAAGUUGUGUUGAAUUGAAUGGAUAGCAUUGAUUUGUUUAGUAACUGUGACACGAUCAACACUGUCAAAUGUUGACAGCAUUAUUUCUUCAAAAAUGUAGCAGUUGAGUAGGAUAACAAAAUGGCCUUCUACAUUAAACCCCCGAGUGGCGUCGAUAACUUACAAAAUGUAUAUGUGUUUGGAAAGAAACGGUUGACGUUUCUGAAGCAGGUGCUGAGAUGCGACAGCAUUGGUGAUUUUCGUGAGCUUUUGGAGCGCGCUGAUACGGCGGACGACUCUGAGUGUUUGAUUGAGGGAACCACAAAGGACAGAGUGUCUCAUUUUCUUUUAAGAUUAGCUUGCUGCCAAGAUCAAGAGCUAGCAUCAUUUUGUGUCAGAGCAGAGACAGAGUUAUUCUGUUAUCGAUUCUCCAGCAUGAACGCAACAGAACUCAUUCGCCUUUUAAACUCAACACACCGGUUUUUGUCACGACUACCUCCUGGCUGCUCUUCGAGUUGUCACGAUUUACUGAAGACUUUAAAAGAGAUGAGAGCUGGUGGACUGACCUGGGAAAGUAUCGUUUCCAGGUACCUGGAUGGAAGCAGGUCAGACUCCAUCAAGGUACCCUUUCAGUAUGUGCUCUCUCUUGUGGCCAGGAGGUGUGUGGUACUGGACAGGGGUGUGGCCGAGGUACCCAUUGCAGACAUCCUGAAGGUGAUGGCCUUCUUCUUUGAGAAGAUAGUCUCAGAUGGUAUGGCCGAUGCUCGCCUUUCUGUCCGAAGCGUAAUGAGUGAAGAUGAACGGGUUGUCGUUUUGCUUCAUGAAAUCAGAGGACUGUACUAUGCAGGAAGGAGGAUCACCACGCCUGACGUAACUAUGGAAUGCGGACACGUGUCGGAUCUGGAUAUCGAUAAAAUAUCAAUAUGUUUCCCACCAUGUAUGCAGCAUCUACAUCGUGUGCUGCGGAAAAAACACAGGCUGAGACACUUCUCUAGGAUUCAGUACACACUGUUCCUGAAGGAGAUCGGUCUGCCAAUCACCCAAGCCCUGAGGUUCUGGCAAAGAGAGUACUCCCAAGCACCCCGUUGCCAUGAAAACACACCUGGAUGCACACAUAAUUGGCAGCGUGAUGGAAGGAGGUACACCUAUAGCAUCAGACACCUGUAUGGUUUGGAGGGGUCAAGGGUUAACUACAGAGCUCACAGCUGCCGUUCCUUACAGGAUUGUAGCAUGGGACAUGGUGAAGAGGGUGGCUGUCCGUUCCAGCAUUUUGACGACUUACAUCUCAGCAAUUCCAUGAGUCAAGCUGGUAUCACUUUACCAACAGAUAAGAAACAAAUAAUCGAUCUUGCCCGAAAAGGGAACCGGCAACAUGCUUGCCAUGCCUUCUUCAAGAAAUCAGUCGCUUUCAAUCUUGAACAUCUCCUGCAGUCGUCAGCCAGUUUUCAGAUGGCAGAUAGUAGCUCGAAUGACAUAGAUGAUCGACCAUCAAAGAAAUUUAGGCUCCUUGAAAAUAGUUGUCAUCUUCAUAAGAAUGCGACUCAUGCUAUGAGUGGUCAUGACCUCUCUCCAGUCAAAGACAGCCUCUGUGAAAAGAGAAACCUUGUUAAGCCAAUCAAAACCAAUCAAACAAAUACAAAUAAUAAUAUUAGUCAAAGUCUCCCCAAUCGCAUUGUGUCAUCGAGUGUAACUGCUUAUCAGACUCGUGUUUGUCCCGACAGCUCUCAUGGAAGCCCCUUAGGAUCACACCUGGAGGACUCGAUAUCCAGUAAACAACAAAUAAACCAAGACACUGACCGUACAAGCAAUCAAGUCCCUGUAUUAUUAAACCAGGAGGAACAAAUAUUAAUUGAGAAUCCAAUGAGACAUCAAGAUCGUAGCUCAUGCACCAUCCAUGGAUGCCCUGUAAGCUCUAGCAUGGCGGCAUCCACUUCCAAUGUAGAUCAGGAGAAGCAUUCAAUUGGAAGCUCCGGCAAGCAUUCCGUAGUCCUUGAGGAGAGAUCAGGUGAAGAAACAACAAGUAAGUCUUUAUUCAGUUGCUGUCAACAACUACUAAGGUGUCAUACGGGUAGCACAUCCCCACAUUCUUAUUUAAUGGGAAGUGAACAUUUGGAGGAAUCUGAUGUUAUCAACCAUCAUAAAUCAAAUACAAGUAGCCCUUCAAGUGCCCACGCCGGAAGAGCCUCCUCUGAAAGUCUUUCCAGAGCUUCAUCUAAAUGCUGUUCAAGAAGCCCCUAUGAAAGCCGUUCCAGAGGGCCUUCUGAAAGCCAUUCCAGAAGCCCAUCUGCCGAAACCCUUUCGAGAGGCCUAUCUGAAAACCAUUCCAGAGACCCAUCUGAAAGACAUACAGGAGGCCCCUCCGAAAGUCAUUCCAAAGGCCCAUAUGAAAGCCAUUCCCAAAGCCAACUUGAAAGCCGGUGCAGAGCGCCUUCUGAAAGCCACUCCGAAGGACACUCCUCUGAAAGCCAUUCCAAAGACCCAUCUGAAAAUCAUCCAGGAGGCCCCUCCGAAACCCAUUCUAGAACGUUCAGCAACAUGGAAUCACAAAACCAGACUGUAAACAUCCUAAGGAGCAUUCAUAUUGAAAAGCCAACCGAUUACUACAGGAGUUACAUUCGUCUUCUGGAGAGUCUCCAUCAAUUGGAGGACUCCAAAUCAUGAACAAAAACAGUAUCCUUUGAAGGGGAUGAUUAGGACUGUGAGGCUUACAAUAAUUUAUCAAAGGAUGAAUCUCAGAGUUUACCAGUUUUACCUGCAGAGCCGUAUUUUGUAAAAAUUUGAGAGAGUUGUAAUGGACCGGACGCGUUGGUUGCUAAGAAGGCAAUGUUCAAUCCAGUUGAAGUGCAACUUGGUACAAAACAACCAUGGAGCAAGCCAAAUUUGUAAUCCAGUCUUGCACCCUGACCCUGAGUGCACAUUAUGCAUUUGGGAAUUGUUUUCAUGGCUUCUAAUAAUAGCAAUUUGACGCAUCUGUCUGAAUACACAUGCCUGGUGCUCGGCUUGUUUGCUGCCCUCAAGUGGCUGGAUUAGUCUUUUCCCUAUGGUAAUACAUCAGUAUUGAAUAACGAUAUAUUCAAGUUUUUUUAUCCGUAAAAUAUUUUCAAGAUUUAACAUACUUGUGCAAUAACUGUUUGUUUUUACUUAUAUUAAAGAACUAGAAUGAAUUGAAUUUGUAACA